AUGAAUAUUCAUGACCAGUCCACCUGUCAUUCAUUUCGUCGUUGCUGGUUUCUCCGCCCACUUCAGAACAUUUCACCAAUACAGGUCACUCCAGCUGUCGACUGCGAAUGACGUCACUUCUUUGCCGAGAUAUGUGUACCCCCUUGCGUGGACUUGUCUCAUGCCCAGCCGUCGGUCUGGCUGCUGUGAAUCGAACCUUACUCGCGCAAGUACAGCUGGAGCAGACGACAUCAUCGCAUUGCAAAAUUUAAAAGUUUGAGCGCCUUCUCAUCCGCGCCGCCAUGAUUUAAAUCUUCCCCUCCGACCAAUUCGUUGGAUUCUUAUGUUCUUCCUCCAUAAAUCAUUGAACGGAUUUAUACUUAUUCAUGGUAUAUAAUCCAGCUAGAGUUUGCCUACCUAUCGGAGUUUUGAAAGUGUUCCAAGUCGAUUUGCUUUCUCAUUUUGUCCGUGAUCUGCCGUUUGGAUUUUUACGUUUUGCCUUUUUAUCGGGCUGAGAAUGCCCGUCGUCCGGGGGCUACCAUGCAACGGAGUUACCACGGGGUGCUCGCUGUUUCAGCUAUCUGGAGCAUACUGCACACGAUUACCUGGCUGCUGAUAAUGAAUGCGCCCUUGUCUAGUGGAUAUUUUGGGUUAGCAAGUACAAAUCGGAUAUCACUUGACAGAAUGGGUCGUGAUUGUAAGAACCUGUUCCUUACCAAGAAGCAGCAGAAACUGUGCAAUAGAGACGACGGGAUGGUCCUGGUUCUGUUGGAUGCCUUCCGUCUCAGCCUAGCAGAAUGUAGACAGCAGUUCAAACAUGAAAGAUGGAAUUGCAGCAUGGCGAAUGAUGCUCAUAGACUUAACAUUGUAAAGGGAGGUAUGAAAGAGACUGCGUUCCUCUCCGCCAUCAGCUCAGCGGGUCUCGUUCACGCCAUCGCCCAGGGCUGCAGUCGAGGGACGCUCGAUCGAUGCUCGUGUGACGAUGUCAGCUUCAGUCCCGAGGCAAACCGGGAAGCGUGGAAAUGGGGAGGGUGCGGCGAUAACCUCAAGUACAGCCAAAGGUUCCUCAAAGAUUUCUUGAAGAACAGAUCUAGUGGAAGUAGGGAUCUAAGAAGUAAGAUGGAGAUGCAUAACAGUGACCUGGGAAUAAGGACCGUUAAAAAACGAGUCGACAAGGUCUGCAAAUGUCACGGCAUCUCAGGGGCAUGCACCACGCAGACGUGUUGGAAACAACUUGGGCCUUUCCAUAGCAUCGGUGAUGAGCUUAAACAGAAAUAUGAACGAAGUGUUCAGGUCAUUCUUGCCAACCGCGCCGACGGUGAAAACCAGCUCGUCCGCAGACGACAGUCCCGUAAUGAGGAGAAACUCUACCCCGAUUCGCCGACCUCGCCGGGGUCUGGUGAUCUCGUGUUCGAGAGAACGUCGCCGGAUUUUUGCACGCCGAGUAAAUAUUCAGUUGGGACUGGAGGUCGAACUUGUGAUAAGGUUAGGACUUGUAACAGCAUUUGUUGCGGACGAGGCUACAAUAUUCGGAGCGUUAUGGUGACACGCGCAUGCCAGUGUAGAUUCCAUUGGUGCUGUGACGUCAUUUGUCAGCGCUGCACGACGCGCGAAGAGAUACACCUCUGUCGAGCAUAAGACACUAGAUGUGACAUAGAGCUAGGUCAAUAAGAUACAUCUCUAUGAGAUGUGAUGAACCUUGAAAUGACAAUAGAAACGCAGUGAGAGUUCAACAUGGGAAUAUCGGAAAACAAAUGGAGAAAUCAUUAAAUGAUUUAAGUUCAUGAUGUUUUUCAGACGGAGGACUUAUGCAUUUGAAUACAC